GAGGGCGGGACCGUGGGGCGGCGCUCCGGGCCAGGGACGGCAGCUGGAGCGGCGCCCACCGCGGCUCAGCGCAUCCCCGCUCUCCGCUUCCCUCCCCGCCGCGUCCCCGCGCGAAGAUGGCAACCGAGGCGCUGCACGAGAACGAGACGCUGGCGUCGCUGAAGAGCGAGGCCGAAAACCUCAAGGGCAAGCUGGAGGAGGAGCGGGCCAAGCUGCACGACGUGGAGCUGCACCAGGUGGCGGAGCGGGUAGAGGCCCUGGGGCAGUUUGUCAUGAAGACCAGAAGGACCCUCAAAGGCCAUGGGAACAAAGUCCUGUGCAUGGACUGGUGCAAAGAUAAGAGGAGGAUCGUGAGCUCGUCACAGGAUGGGAAGGUGAUCGUAUGGGAUUCCUUCACCACGAACAAGGAGCACGCGGUCACUAUGCCCUGCACGUGGGUGAUGGCAUGUGCUUAUGCCCCGUCGGGAUGUGCCAUUGCUUGUGGUGGUUUGGAUAAUAAGUGUUCUGUGUAUCCCUUGACGUUUGACAAAAAUGAAAACAUGGCUGCCAAAAAGAAGUCUGUUGCUAUGCACACCAACUACCUGUCGGCCUGCAGCUUCACCAACUCUGACAUGCAGGGAUGUGACAAGAAAGCCAUGGUGUGGGACAUGCGCUCCGGUCAGUGCGUGCAGGCCUUUGAAACACACGAAUCUGACAUCAACAGUGUCCGGUACUACCCCAGUGGAGAUGCCUUUGCUUCAGGGUCAGAUGAUGCUACGUGUCGCCUCUAUGACCUGCGGGCAGACAGGGAAGUCGCCAUCUAUUCCAAAGAGAGUAUCAUAUUUGGAGCAUCCAGCGUGGACUUCUCCCUCAGUGGUCGCCUGCUGUUUGCUGGAUACAAUGAUUACACUAUCAACGUCUGGGAUGUUCUCAAAGGGUCCCGGGUCUCCAUCCUGUUUGGACAUGAAAACCGCGUUAGCACUCUACGAGUUUCCCCCGAUGGAACUGCUUUCUGCUCAGGAUCAUGGGAUCAUACCCUCAGAGUCUGGGCCUAAUCAUCUCACAGUGCACUCAUGUAUACCUGAGAAUUUGAAAUCUUCACAUGUAAAUAGAUAUUACUUCUAGAGGAGCUUAGAGUUUACUGCGGUUUAGCUUAGGGGAGCAACUCAUGGCUCACAGGUCACUAAGCGUCUCCAAUAUGACUAUUAAAACUGUCACCUCUGGAAAUACACUAGUGUGAGCCUUCAGCACUGCGAGAAUACCUUCAAGUACAGUAUUUUUCUUUUGGAACACUUUAAAAUGUAUCUGUUUUUAAGGUUAUUCUAAAUUAUAGUAGCCUCAACUCAUUCUGUCACCAGUAGAAUUCAGCAGUUAAUAUAGUCCGUAUUAUUUCUUUGAGUCAAUUCAUUUUCAGAGCACUUUAAAGUCUGAUAUUUCUUGUGCACUGUGAUGCCUGGAACCUUCCUCUGGAAGUGCUGGUUUUAUGGACUGAGGACUGGUAACUGGUCUGGAUAGAAGCAAAUUCCAAUUCCAAAUGUAAUCAGACAAAAAUCACUUUUUUUAGAAUGUUUUUAUUGUAAAAGUGUCUUUUUCAGCUUCCUGUUCUAUUGUCUUUUCUCGGAUAAAACAUUUUUGUCUAUGGUGAACUGCUGUAAAUGAUGCAGAGAAAUGCCUCAAAAGGACAGGUGGUUUGACUGCUGAAUGAUGAUGAUGUCACUGUGUCACUUGGACAGGGCGUUUUCUCUGAAUUGAAAGGAAUGCCAGUGCUGUUUGUAAACAAAUGCUUCUGAGAGCAAGCAAAACUCUGUGUGGGAACACAGGAUAGUAAACUUAUUUAAAAACCUAUUAGUAAAAUUAGUGGAAACACUUAGGUUAAAGUGGAUCUUGUCCAUAUAAAUUAUAUUCAUAUGUAUUGCAUUGCAAUUAUAAUUACAUAUGCAGAUUGAUUGAUAGUCAUGAAUAAUAAUGUCUGCUUCUCUUACAUAGAAAGAAAAACAAUAUUAAAAGAAGAUCUUCUCCUUAUUUGAGACUCAGAAUUCCUUCUGGAAGAAGGAAGUACUUUUUGGUAUAGGAUCCCUUUUCCUUUUUUGGUUUUUUUGUAAGAUGUAGAUGCUUAUUCUUUGCUUUGGAAAACUUCUCAUUUAAAAAGAUGGCACGCAUUAUUAUCUAGGGGAAUAAAAGGUCACCUCAGACACCAGAGGUCAUUCCUGGUGAGGCCUGCCCUGUGUCCUCGUGGGCGGCCUGGGGUCUGCUGGCAGGUUCUGGCUGCGCCUGAAAGCUGCGUGCACCCUGCCCCUUGGACCGUCGGGUCUCCUCUCCUGGUCCUGCUCCAGCCCAGCCCUUCUUCUAGUGGUAGCUCUGGCUUUGCAAGCCCAGCUCCAGGCCCUGCUCCUCAGAGAGACUCUUCCAGAGCUUGAGCUGGGCACACCCAUAGGACAGGCCUGGACCAGAUGCUCCAGGGGUGUGCCAGGCCCACCCUCACAGCUGCUUGUUCAGGUAUUGUGAUGGGCCACUCGGUCCAAAAUCAGCCAGGCCAGCUUUUCCAUCAUCCCACUUCAAAUAAACAUUAAUAAUUUGAACAUUUG